AUGGCGUAUUGACAGAGGAAAUAGACCAGCACUGGACACGUUGGAAAGAGUGGUUUCUCGCGCAUGUGAACAAAUUUAUUCCUAAGAAAGUUCUUAAAGACACAAACUCGCCACCCUGGGUUGUCGGAAAUAUCGUACAAAGGCGUAACGGCGAAAACUGCAGCCCAUAAAGCUGAACUGUUCAACGCGUUCUUUUCCUCUGUUUUUAACUCUCCUCGAUCGAGCAUUGGUGAGGACACUAUCAACAAUUCACUUCCAAUAAGAACGGAACAAAAUUUAUCUGACAUCACAAUUAGUGUAGAAGAAGUUGCCAACUGUUUGCAUGGUCUGGAUACAUCAAAAGCAAGUGGCCCCGAUGGUUUACCGUCCAGGCUAUUGAAAGAGUGCGCCCAACAAAUAGCACCAAGUCUAUGUACCUUGUUCAACCAUUCACUGCAAUGUGGUCGAAUGCCAUUAGAAUGGAAAUCAGCGAACAUCACUCCACUGCACAAGAAGCAGCGGAAAGAACCAGCAGAAAACUAUCGUCCCAUUUCUCUCCUUCCUAUAGUCAGCAAAGUCUUGGAACGUUGCGUGUAUUCCCAAUUCUACGAACAUGUCUCCUAUCUCAUCACUCCACAUCAACACGGUUUUCUACGAAAUCGUUCCUGCGUUACACAAUUGCUCUCCGUGCUUCAUUCCAUAGGACAAAAACUUGAUACGAACGAACAGACUGACAUAGCGUACCUCGACCUCGCGAAAGCCUUUGAUUCCGUAGAUCACUCCAUUCUCCUUCAAAAACUCAAAUGCUACGGUGUAACAGGAAGGCUGUUAAAUUGGUUUGCUGAUUACCUCAACAAUCGUCGUCAGAGAGUCGUAAUGGACGGUGCUACAUCGCAAUGGACCCCAGUUACAUCCGGAGUGCCGCAAGGUAGUAUCCUGGGUCCAAUGUUGUUCGUUAUUUUCAUCAACGAUGCUCCUGAUGUGAUCAACAACAAAGCAAUUCCAGCACUAUUUGCAGACGACACUAAGCUCUACAAGAACAUAACAUCAUUGAAUGACUGCAACCAGUUGCAAGAAACUUUAACACACCUUGAUACUUGGAGUCAGGAUAACAACAUUAAAUUCAACGGGUCGAAGUGUAAAGUAUUGUCGGUAACGCGCAAGAAGGCCCCAAUUUCUUUUCCCUAUCACCUCGGGUCGACAGAGCUGUCGAGAGUUGACGACGAAAAAGACCUUGGCGUAAUCUUCUCCAGUAAACUACAGUGGAACUUACAUAUCAACGAAAUGGUAUCGAAAGCGAAUAGGCAGCUAGGCGUGCUUAAGAGGACUUGCUACUCACUCACAGACAUCAACAUCCGACGUACACUGUAUCUCUCGCUGGUGAAGUCGAAGCUCAGCUAUGCAACACAAGUUUGGUCGCCUACUCACAACAGACAACUCAGUGAAAGGAUUGAAAGAGUACAAAGAAGAGCCACAAAAUGGAUUCUAAGGACCGGGACUUGUGAAAUGCCAUACAAGCAACGGCUGUUGAAAUUGGAACUCUUACCACUCUCUUACGAUAGAGAGAUGAAAGAUCUCGUAUUUUUCUUCAAGGCGUUGUACGGUUACGUCGAUCUUAACAUUAACAAUUGCGUCUCUUUCAUUCAACAUGGACGUACUCGACUUAGCCAAGCUACUGGUGUAAUGCUUCAAACUCCUAUGUGUAGAACUGCUACGUUUCAAUCAUCUUAUUUCAACCGUAUUGUCAAACCGUGGAACAAUGUAUGUCAAGAUGUCAAUCCAGAUACAUUCUCUAGCCCUAUCUCUUUCAAAAACUUUCUUAAACGCAGCUAUUUAGAACUUCUACACUCUGUAUAUGAUGUUGACCUACCCUGUACUUGGUUCUCGGUGCGUGACUGUCCCUGUCACAGAGAACAGCGAAAAUAAAUGUGUGUUUAAUAGACCAUCUUUGGGGCUAUUUUCCAGUGCAGUCGCUUUGCCCGCGCGAGCGGAAAGGACUUUCAUUUUUGUCCGCCUGAAUGCUCGCGGACACGCCAUAAAAGUAGAACUAAUUUUUCACAUGAUAAAAUCGCGCGUGCGGGGCGACUUUGGUGGGAAGUGGCCUUUAAGCGUCUGUGUGUAACCUGUCUGUGUGUGUAACCUGUCUCUGUGUGUGCUUUGUCUGUGAGCGUGCGUAUAUGUAUACUAUGUGUAAUAUAAGUAUAUAACUGUACAUAUAAUCAUAUAAUUGGACGCCGGAAGGUGCCUUGCAUGGGAACUUUUCAAAGAGUCCCGUUCGUACCUUGCCGUUUUGGAUCUAGCUUUCAAAUGUGUUAUAUAUAUAUAUUGAUCCAAAUAAAUUUGUUAAAUUAAAAUUAAAUUAAAUUAAAUAAAUUAAAAUUAAAUUAAAUUAAAUUAAACUAACUGUGGUAUCAUCCUUCUUGGGGACUUUAACGACUUAGAAACAUCUCUCCUAUCAGCAAGAUAUAAUUUAAAGCAAGUUGUCAAAGCCCCCACUAGUAUAGACUAGUGAUUUCCUCAAUCUAGUAUAGACGUCUUUGGAAGGUGGGCCUCAACGCGUAAAUAGUUCGAGUAAGCAGCUCCUAACGCCACGGUCGACGACCUAGCAUCUUUCUUUACAUCACAACUGGCCAAGCCAAUCCAUCGUAUUUUCCCUCCUAGAACAGUGAAACGACAUAUUACUGACAAACCUUGGAUAACACCAGAAAUCAAGAACCUUAUAAAAGACCGCCAGAAAGCCUUCCACAGUAACAAUACCCCCCUUUGGUGAUUGCUGAAAAAUAAAGUCCAACUUGAAAUAGCGGAAAAGAAAAAGUCAUUUUACAGAAAUCUAGCGACACCCGCAAAUGGUGCAAAAUGGUAAAUAAAAUGUCGGGAAAACCAGAAAAAAUAGAUUUUUCUCCCUGGAGCGCGACGGUAUAACAUUGAACGGUGAAAGUCUCACAUCCGCCCUCAACGAAUUCUAUAUCCCACCCCUCGGCAAAGACUCCCUGCCGGGUUCCUACCUUCAAUUGCAAGAAACGACAUCCCUAUUAUUCAACCCUUUGUCGUUUGCAACAAACUCUGUGCGCUUCAAACCCGCAAAGCAACAGGUGUCGACAACAUCCGAAACCGAAUUCUGAAAGAGUUUGCCUAUAUUCUAACAGAACCAAUCGCCAUAAUUUUUGACAAAUCACUCUCUUCUAGUGUCGUACCAAAAAUCUGGAAAGAAGCAAAAGUCAAUCCCAAUCCCAAAGAUCGAUCAACCAGAGAGCGAAAGCGACACUAGGCCUAUAUCCCUUACCCCAGGCCUGUCCAAAGUCUUGGAAGACUUCGUGGUCAGAUGGAUGUUGGAUGUCCUAAAUGGAAGGACUGACCCUUGUCAAUCGGAUAUCUAAAAGGACUAUGACCACUUACUGUCUCCUUGACAUGCUCCGUACUUGGUUAUCCCACCUUGAUUCACAGAAUAAAUACAUUCGCAUCUGCUUCUUGGACUUCUCGAAAGCCUUUGAUCGAAUUAAUCGGCUAUAAUAUUCUUUUUGACAAACUGAACGACCUGGGUGUUAGAAGAUCUCUUAUUCCAUGGAUUAUUAAUUUUCUAACGAACCGAAAACAACGAGUAAAGAUUGGUAGAUCACUUUCUAAUUGGCUCCUCGUGACAGCUGGAGUCCCACAAGGGACAAAACUAGGCCCUAUAUUAUUCCUUGUCAUGGUUAAUGAUUUGAAGAUAAGCACACCUGAUGCAAAAAUGUGGUGAUUUGAAGGUAAACUCACCUGAUACAAAAAGUUUGUAGAUGAUAGCACGGUGUCCUUGCUGGGAAUAUAUCGUCAGUAACUCAACCAACCCUUCACCUCAUAGAAUCAUGGUGUUCCAACAAUUGGAUGAUUCUUAACCCAAUAAAAUGCAAGGAACUUAGAAUAUGUUACGUUAAAAGAUCCGUCGAAUUUCAACCCUUAACAAUCGCAGGACGCGAACUAGAAAUAGUUCAGUCCCGCAAAGCAUUAGGCCUAACCAUUCAAAAUAAUCUCAAAUGGGACGAACAUAUUCGAUCCAUAAUCGCGAAAGGUUACAAACGCUUGCACAUCCUCAGAAUUUUGCGACGGAGCGGUAUUCUACCAGCUGACCUCAUUAAAACAUAUCCCGCCCUGAUUCGUUCGAUUUUGGAAUAUAGUUGUGAAGUUUUAUUAUCAUUAUUAUUAUUAUUAUUAUUAUUAUUAUUAUUAUUAUUAUUAUUAUUAUUAUUAUUAUUAUUAUUAUUGAUCUUUAAACACGGUAACCUUUCACAUAGGUGAUUUUCAAAGGGCCGUGCGGAAAAUAAAUGCAUUAUAAAAGAAGGAACUAAUGAACUAAAUUAUACUUAUUUACAAAAUAUACUUAUUUACUUAUUUACUUAUUUACAAGAUGUAAUUAUUUAAUAGAUGAUGGACAGAUUUUAAACUUGUUGAUUCUCUUAAGGUUUUCAACAAGUUUACUGGGAUGUUGUUCCAAUACGCUGCUCCUCUGUACGAAAAGCUAUUUUUCAAGAAAUUCGUUUUUGGUUUAGGUUGAGACAGCUUAAAUUACUACUGCGCAGUACGUAACCAUUGUUUUCACAAGUGUGAAAUAGUUGUGUUACGUAUUCUGGAAGCAUGCCAUUAAUCGCUUUAAAUGUCAUAAGGAGAUCUCGCUUUUUCAAAAUUAAAUCAAGAGGUUUCCAGCUAAGUUUUUGAAAAAUGUCCGAAGAUCUUAUAGUAUAGUCCAAAUUUGUUAUUGUUCUUGCUGCUCGUUUCUGAAGCUUAUAUAAUUUGUGUAAGUGUGUUUGGUUGUUAUUUUGCCAAACAGUUGAACCGUAGUUAAAAUGAGGCGCGACUAAUGCGUUAUACAUAAUUUUGAGCGUAUCUAGGCCAACAAAAUCUUUGGCUUUUCUUAAAAGAUUAAUAUUUUUUGAUAUCUUGUUGCAUUGUUCUUCAUUUUGCCUACUCCAGCUAAGUCUAUCGUCUAUAACUAUACCCAAAGCUUCCUUUUUAUAAACUCGUUCAAUUUGAUGUCCGUUUAUACUGAUUUUUGGCACGUGAUCUAAGUUUUUCAAUCGUUGCCGAGAUCCAAUAAUCAUUUAUUUGUUUUUUUCGUUGUUUAAUGUUAGUUUAUUCGCUGAUAACCAUUUUUGAGCAUUUACUAGGUCUUUGUUAAGUUUGUAUUGAGUGAUUCGUUGCCCCAAUACCAUUCUGAUGAAUUGGAAAGACUGCAAAAACGAGUAAUUGGUAUCAUAUUUCCUGGCCAUCUCUACGACGAAGCAUUGGUGAUGGCGGGUUGCGAAAGAUUAGAUAAUAGACGAAACACAAUCUGCAUAAAAACUGUGAGCCAGAGGCACCGCAAUAUCGAUAAUUGGGGGGCAGAUAUUCAUAUAUUCGUGUUCUGCCUAAUUAAUUUCUUUUGAAAUCGAUUGUUUUUACAGUCUGUGAACACUAAUAUAUGAAUAUCUGUCCCCCCAAUUAUCGAUAUUAUGGCGCCUCGUCGUUGAGCAAAAUUAUUAAACAUGGCACCCUAAAGGAACACGUGUUGCAAACCAGAGCAACUGCUCACCAAUACAUACCCUGAGAGCAGAGCCUGAUUUCCCCUCGCGUAGAAAAUAAGGCCCUGCCGUUUUUGUGUUUAAUUUGUGUCGCGCAUGCUCUGUUUCCAAUAUUAUGUCAAAACAUGUCAAAGAUCACUUGUAUUUUUAGAAUGAUAAAGCUAAAUUAAGAGAACCAAUCACAUGCAGUUAUCGCUACAUGCCGGGCGCGUGCAACUGCACGUGCUGUACAAGGGUCUUACAAUUACGACAUUAUAAACAAUACAAAACCAUUUUCAAAUCGAUAGGUUUGUCACUUGUCAAUAUUUUUACAAUUGCUAACUUGCUAGUUUAUUUUAUCCUACGUUACUUUUCAGUAUAUUUAAGUUAUUGUCAGCCAAAUUUCGGUUAUAAAGUAUAAAGUUUUAAAUUUUGUAAAUAUAUAGCGGGCUCAAAUUGUAACCAUCGGUUUACAUGCGAAACGAAGGCGCGCGCAUUCAAAACCGUUUAGAACUGGUUUAUUACCGGUUUAUUUACGAAUAAAAACACGGCAGACCUCUAUUUUCUACACGAGGGGAAAUCAGGCUCUGCUCUCACGGUAACCAAUAGCUACAACACCAGGAAUUCAAAUGACUUAUCAUUAUACAAGUGCAGAACAGAACGCUUCAAAAACAGCUUCUUCCCAAGCACAAUUGCAAAGAUAAAUAAGUAAUUACAAAUACCAACUCUCCAAUCGCUUUCUUACUCCAUUUUAAAAUAACUUCUAGCAUACCUUUGUAUAUACCCAUAUGUAUAGCUACAAUGUAAAAUAUUUCUUUUUAACUUUCUUAAAUUUGUAAACACUUUGUAAUUAUUCAAAUCUUAUUUGCGAUAAAAGUGUAAAUAAACCAUCAAUAAUAGUAAUAAUAAUAAUCUCAUUAAUUUUAAUAGUAAUAAUUUUAAAUGAUUUCUUUAGGACGGCUAGUCAAGAUAAAGACGAGAAAGACAACAAUGCCACUGCUUUUGUCUCUGUUCAACGUGACGUCGCUAUGGCAAUUACCGGGUACAUUGUACACUUUCUUACAGUAAUUUCCUCAGUUUCUACUGGCGGAGGUUAAAGUAUUAUUUCCCAUUAGUGUUGUAAGAGGUCAUCCAUAGUUAUCAACUUUUUAAUAAUUUAAUUACUUAUGUAUGCUUUUUUUAUUGUUGACUCAUCAUUGCUGAGGUUCAACAUUUGUUCUUUGUACGCUUGUGGAAGUGUACAAUAAUAGUGAGCUGUCGCAAGUGACGUUUUUGGCGACGUCCGUGUCCAAAAUCGGUAUAUUUAAUUUUGGCGGCAUUUUGCAUCAUAGCACUCCUGUAAGAAAGCAAAAAACAUCUUCACACAAACUGACAGUUGUUCCAGUAUAUGUUACAAAUUACUAAAUAUAUUACAGAUCAUAUUUGUGUUCACGCACGCGUAAAACUAACUUUUGUAACAAAUCCCAAUUUUAAAUCACGAGAAAGCUACCUUAAGUGCCAUAAUAUAAUUGAUUUCGACAUGUUUUCUUCUUUAGCACGUCAGUUCCAAAACUGUUGAACUAUCCAGCAACCGCACCUGUUUUAAAUAUUCAAAACAACACUGACUUCUCAGCUGUGAACGUUUCUGCUGUUGGACCACUUGUCAAAGUUGCCUUUGUGGUAGGUCCAUUGCAUACAUCCACUCACUUCGCGAAAUAUAUAUUGGGCAGGGAGAAAUUAAUAAUGCCAACAUAUUGAACAAUCUGUGUGAGUGCAGAGAGAAAGCUGUAGAUUGAGAGAGAUAAACUAGCAGGAAAAUACAAGCAGAACUUCUAUAUUUCGAACGAAAACUCUUCAUCGAGAAUUUAACGAGAACUCUUCGAAGGCCUUCGCUCGAAACGUCCUGGUUGUAUUUGUCAGGUAGUUAUAGAGAAUAAUACAUGGGUGCGCGGAAAUACCAGAUUUAUUUCGAGUGUUGAACAUGAUAUCUCACGAGUGAGGGCAGCGAACGAGUGAGAUAUCAUGUUCAACACGAGAAAUAAAUCUGGUAUUUCCAAGCACCCAUGUAUUUUUCUGUUUAUUAUAUAACAAAAUAUUUGCGAAGAAAAUAAGGAAUCUAUGUAAUGUGAUUUAUCAGAGUAAAAUCGUCUUAUCUAAGGUGCUUGUAUAAGCAAGAACUAGACAUGGCGAAGUAGGUGUUAAGCCGUUACAAAGAUUAGAACUCUUAAUAUUAUUAGCUUGGCGCCAUACUUAAAAAUAGAGCGCGAAAAGCUUGUAAGGGGGUGAGAGGUGUGGUUGAUAUCAUUAUAAAAUGGAUAGCUACGCAAAGCAAGUAUCAUUCGACUACAACUGUGCUGGUGAACAGAUCAACAUUAAAUCUCAACCCACCUCCUCCCCAGACCUCCUCUCAGCUUAAUUAACACUUACUAUAUAUAACAAUAUCCAGUAUUAAUACGAACUUGAUCUUGUAACUCAGAGUAAAUAUGUGUACAUACUCUAUCUCAGUUCAUGACAAUCAGAUGGGCGAUAAUCUGCCUCCACCCUUUUCUGGGCAAAAUUGUUAAUAUUUUCAUACAUAUAUUAUUAAUUAUUGUUUUAUUAAUUUCAAUAAAUCGGCUAGGAGAAAGGUUACUCCUAGCCAAAUUAUCCCAAAUUGUUUUAUUCUUUGCUAUUUAACAUAUACCCAGAAAACAAAGCUGCGGAAAAAGAAUGCCUGCAUUAUUCAGUGGCUACAUUGACGGUAGGUGGUUUGUAAUAAGGUGAAUCACAUUACAUAAAAACAAAAUUCAGUGAAAAACAAUAAAACGUCCGUGGCAAUGCGUUUUACAACAAAUGAUAUUUUCACACGUAAAAAUAUCGUAUUUUUACGGGUGUUUAAAUACGAUUUUUCUCAGUGGCCAAAAACUGUAUAUAUUUAUAUUGUUUUAUUUUUAUAUAAUAAAUAUUCUUAUCAAUCUGCAGCUUUCAAAAUAUUAAUACUUUUUUGUUGUUGCACUUUUUUGCUUUGAGGUGAUUCCUCAGUAAUUGUUUCCGAAAUGAGAAUUUGCGGGCCAGGGCUGAAGUCUGUGAUAUUCUUACAGUAUAGUAAAAUCAGAAAACAUUUUGGCGUCACCGAACUCGUUUAAUGUGACAAACACAAUAUUGAGGGUGUGCGCACUAAAGGGCCUCGAUGUUAGGUCGACGCUAGCCGAUGCCAGGUCGCUGUUAGGUCGAUAAGGGGUCGAUGAGGCGUCGAUGAGAGGUCGAUGUAGGGUCGAUGAGGGGUCGAUGAGAGGCCGAUGUUGGGUCGAUGUGGGAUCGAUUUAAGGUCGAUGUGGGGCAUUGGUAUCUGGGCCCAUUAGUGCUCACCCCCCAUAGUGCUUUCUGAUCAGUUGUCAGAUCAACUUUGCACUAUCCUUGGGAUCUCUGAGGUUACAUUUCGAAGACAAUAUAUUCAUAAAAUACUAGAAAUACAUGCAUGCAACGACCCCUCCCCUAUAUUUUCCAAACAUUGUUUCAAUAUGAAGUGUUCGUAAUUAUGCCAACACUGAACGCAGGCUCGCGUUGCACGUUAUGUUAGUCAUGAUAAUUGCAAUACGAUAAUUGUUUUUAAACUUUUUGUACAAACCUGCAAAAAAUAAAUGAAACUUGAACACUUUUAAAUACAGAACUAUCAAUUUAUAAAAUAUAUAAAGUAUAGGUAUAUUAUUUUGCUCUCUAUGGGCUUUAUUUUAAUAUAAAAUUCAAAACGAAACUCUAGGUAAAACGUUUUUAAAUGUGAAUUGAAAUUAACUGCUUUUUACCGAUAUUAAGCUAAUAAACUCUUCAACUCGAGCUUCAACUUAUUACUCGCACUUUGAAAUGAAAUAAAUUUAAUUCGUACAGGACGCUUAUGAACAUAAUUCGCUUUCUUUUUUAUCAUGCACUUCUACAAAAGAUAAUUUAACUAAGAAACUUUCGCAUACAAUGCGUAGGAAAGACUUGAGCAACAAGAACAAAGUCUAUAUUUAUCCCCGAGUCAACGGCGCGGAGCGCCCGGAGCGAGGGUAAAAAAUUCCGCCCGGCUAUUUACAUCCGGAGAAACGAACGCACUAGCGAAGCCUAAAGUUCAUCAAAUAUCGCGGGCGCAUGGCUUACAGUUCAUGGGUGGUCAUCCUCACUGAUCUCAAAAUAUGUAUAGCGCACUGUCGUGAAUAGUAGGCAUAAGGCAUUCGAUUCUAUCAAUUCAAAAAGGCAUUCGAUUCUAUCAAUCAUCGUGUUUUAUUGAAUAAAAUGAAUGAACAAUUUAGAAUCUUUGACUCGGAACUAAAAUGGUUCGAAUCAUAUUUAAUCAAUAGAGUACAGCAAUGCAGUAUUAAUGGCAAAUUGUCUGACAAAAAAAGGAUUAACUGUGGAGUGCCUCACGGUUCUAUACUGGGGCCCCUGUUAUUUUUAUUAUAUAUUAAUGACCUGCCUGAUUGUCUGAGAUCAACCGCUCCUUUCAUGUAUGCGGACGACACUCAAAUAUUUUCAUCGUCUUAUGAUGCAAAUGAACUUGUUCUAAAGCUAAAUUCGGACCUUGCUCAUCUUUUUGAAUGGAUGACACGAAAUAGAUUGCAGAUGCAUCCAUCUAGAUGUAAAAUGAUGUUUGUUGGCUCCACACACAAUCUUAAUAAAUUAGGGUGUGAAGAGCCUAUUAUGGUAAAUGCAAAACCCAAUACCACGAAUCAGUACACAAAUGUGUCUGGGAGUAAAACUCGAUAAAAAUUUGAAUUGGGACAGUCAUAUUACAUUCAUAUGCAAGAAUGUAAGUGCAGCUAUUGGCGUUAUGAGACGUAUGAAACCUUUUUGUUCCGAUGCAUACAUUAGAAUCUGUUUAUAAAAGCUUCGUACAGCCAUACUUUGAUUAUUGUUCCCCUUUGUGGGACACUUGUGGCAAGUUGUUAAGAGAUAAGCUCCAAAAUUUUCAAUCCUGGGCAGCGAGGGUUGUAACGGGUGCUAAUUAUGAGUCGGUCAGCUGAUGUUCUUAACUCACUCUCGUGGGACACUCUUGAAACUAGACGUUCCGGUGCCAAGUCAGUAUUGAUGUAUAAAAUACUUAAUGACCACACUGUGCCGGCUCUUCGGGGGUAGAGAAAUGGAUCAAACUAAUUACAAUCUCCGCAAUACUGCAACAGACCUUACAUUACCUAAGCCAAAAAGAGAAUUAAAAAAAAAGCUUUAAAUAUAGUGGUGCUUUGCACUGGAAUCCGCUCCCAUACGUUUAGAUUAAAUGUUGGAUAGUGACAUGCAUACAUUUGUAUAUAGAAAAGUGUGUAUAUAUAGUAUUUAGAUAUAGUUAUUUAUUUAUUUAUUUAUUUAUUUAUUUAUUUAUUUUCAAACAUUUUUAAUAUUUAACACGCCUCUCAUGGAAAUCAGCCAAGAGUUGAUGGGGCUAGCGUGUACCUUUUUGUUAAAUUUAAAUAAAGUAUUGCCUGCCUGCCUGCCUGAUUGGUCAAAUUUGAAAUUUGCAUUAUAACAACUGCAUGACGACAGCGAAAUAACAAACAUUUCUUGCAAGUUAUAUUUUUGCAAGAUUUUGUAAAUAUCAAAACAUUUCUGAGAGCCAAAAAAGUCUAAAAACGUGCAAAAGAAUUGAGCAAAGUCGCCGACGUUAAUGAAGGUAAGUUUGUGUUUAAUAUUGAUGUAUUGUUUGUUUCAUAAUCAGGGCCGUACACAGCGAGGGGGGGUCGGGGGGUCGGGCAAGGCCCCCCUCCCCAAGCGAAAACUAUAUUUACGAUUUUUAGAAUGUUAUUAUUAAUUAUUCUUCUGAUAUUUGGGACUUUUUUCGGCAUAUAGGGCUUACUCCCCCCUGAUGAAAAAAUCCUGCGUUCGGCCCUGUUCGUAAUUGCUUUAAAAACUGAUACGAUCGUUGCGUAUAUAAGUGAAAAAAGACAGCAUUUAAUUGCAGUGUAUUUUUAUUAAUUACCCUUUCUUUUGUAUAUUAAAAUAUUUAAAUAAAGAGGAAAGCAAAGUUAUAUAUUUUUGCCUUCUUCACUCCUGGCAAACAGCCAUAUUUGAGAUCAGUGAGAUGACCAUCCACGCACAGUGACCCACGUCCGCGAUCAUUGAUGAACUUUAGACUUCGCUAAUGCGUUCCUUUCCCCAGGCGGAAUUAGCACCCUCGCCCUGGGCUUACGCCCGCAACGGCGCUCCGCGCCGUUGGCUCGGGGAUAAUGCACUUAGCUAAUAUCUAACAUCGUUCUGGUUUGCUAUGCUUUUAAAUGAAUAUAGAUUAGAGUUUAAAUUAAUGAACCAAAUGUAUAUCAAGAGUACGAUGUAUCGAAAUGUCCUAAUUUAUAAUAUAGAUACAUCCAAUAUUUAAAGUCUUUCGAUAACAGUUUUUACCCUUUGACUUCAUUCCUUAUUUUUAUUUUUCCCUCUUACUCUACAGCUUAAAAAUACAGGCGAAAGUGAUCUACAAUCCAUUCAACUUUAUAUCUCUUAUCCUUUACAAAAAUUCCAAGGACAAGCACACGAGUAUAUCGUAUAUCCGAUCAAAAUUGAGGUAAGUUCUACCAUGGAUAAUAAAAUAAAUGGAUAGGACUCUAGCUGACGUAAGCAAAAACAACCUAGUUGCAAUCUGUGACGUCACGCGUAUUGCAAAGUUCUCGGCAUUUUUGUUGUUUCGCUAUAUUUUCCGCUUUAAAAGAGUAAUAUUGAAGCCUAAACUGGUCUAAUUGUUUUAAAAACAUGCCUAAGUCACGACAAAGUAUUCAAGGUAAAUGUUUUUAGUCUUUGUUUUGUAUUUUUUACAUUUGUAGCUACGAAAUUGGCGUCCCCAAUUUUAACGUAAUUUGCGAUGAAUUUUUCACUGUUUAGUGCUUGAAGUAUUUGCCAAAUUUGACUGGGAAUACUUAGAGAUUUCAUCGUAGAAUGGCGUAGUCAGAUUUAUUUGCCCUUUGACUAAAAUGUUCAGCUGUAUUAUUGCUAAACAUGCUGUUUUUGAGAAUUUGGUUUGCAACUAGGUUUCAACAUCCAACCACGCCAUCAGCCCAUUGAAAACAUUAGAUCACGUCAGCUAGUUUCCUAUCCAUUUAUUUUAUUAUCCAUGAUUCUACAUUUGGAGCCUUGUGACAAAGUUCUUGUUUCGCAUUUUGGUCUGCUUAAGGGACUAAUCGACCAGGCGUCUAACUCUUGUUUAGUUCUGUAAGUACGAGCAACCACUGUAUGUGUAGCAGUGAGCUUCAUAUUAUAUCUGGAGUGAGUAAGACGAACCACUGUAUGUGUAGCAGUGAGCUCCAUAUUAUAUCUGGAGUGAGUAAGACGAACCACUGUAUGUGUAGCAGUGAGCUCCAUAUUAUAUCUGGAGUGAGUAAGAACAACCACUGUAUGUGCAGCAGUGAGCUCCAUAGUAUAUCUGGAGUGAGUAAGACGAACCACUGUAUGUGUCGCAGUGAGCUCCGUAUUAUAUCUGGGUGAGUAGGACGAACCACUGUAUGUGUAGCAGUGAGCUCCAUAUUAUAUCUGGAGUGAGAACUCGAGUCCAAAAAGUGAAGCCAAGAUGGAGCUGUUGGACGUCAAUCGUUUUUGUCGUUUUUAGUGCAAAGUUGCUUUGAACUAUUGCUAUGAGGUUAAAUUCAAUUCAGUGACCGAUCGAUCUAUGGAUUGAUAGAGUAAACAAUCCGGGGGGAGCUUGCAAUUGACCUUUUAUCAUGUUUUCUAGAGCUUCGCGAUGUUCGGCCAACUAAUCGUUCAUAGCUGUUUGUAGAUUAUAACAAACUAUAUUUAUAUUCAUGAUAGUACAUGUUCUUACUUAUUUAUCAGACAUUUAGAGAAGUUGUAACCAAAUUACUGUUGCAUUUCAAGCACUUGAUAAAAUAUGAUAUGCCCCCCUGCAACAUAAAUACAGGUGCACAGUACACAUGUUCUCAUAUGUUAUUAUUUUACAAUGGCGGACAUGGACGAGCGCUAUUGAGCGGCGUUGUGAAAUGCUGAAAUCGUGUAGACUAGGGUGUAUUACAUUUGAGGUUGAUAGUAUUAUAAUAUAACACACUGGUUUAUCUAUGAAAGAUACGGGGCGAUGUAUACAUGAAUGCGGCCUGUUUUAUACGUCGAAUUUCGGUUGUGUCGAGUGCAAUUCAAACAAUACAUAAUGAGAUCAUAAACCUCAUUAAGCUUCAUUAUCUAUUGUUUGAAAUGCAUUCGACGCGACCGAAAUUCGACGUAUAAAACAGGCCUAAGUGCCAGUGGAUAGUUUUGAUAUAAAAUUCUAAGUCAGCUAGCGGCUGAUUUAUAUCAGCUAGCUUAUUAUUAUUAUUACGCCCAAUCAUCACUGAAUGACUGCCUGAAUCCUGGCCCUCCUCUGCAAAAUCUUCUUUGGAGUAUCCUUGUACGUUCGCGAUUCUACCCAAUAGAGACCUUACGAUUUUAGAACGGCAACCGCGACGGCGACGGCCAAAAUAAACUCCUUCAAAUAAAUGGUAGUCGAUAGUUUGUCGUAUAUUAUCAAUCGUAUGAAUUUAGUACAGUCUUAGAAGUUGAAAACAUGGAUUUUAUGGUUGGGAAGAGUUGUGCUAAACACCGUUUGAAGUUGCACUUGUUGUGGCUUGAAAUGCAGCCGUUGUAUCAACACGUGAAAAUAUGUGAUUUGGCGUUGUAAACAGAGCGAGGACAAUGUCUAAAUUAUUCAUUUAUUGUAAUUACUCAAUUCUUCUCAAUGAUCUAUUGUAUUCGUAGCCGUUACCGUCGCGGUUGCCGUCCUAAAAUCGUAAGGUCUCUAAUACUCCUUACAAGCGACCUCGAGAAAGCAUUCCUGCAAGUACGUCCUAGACACUAGCAAUAUGGCGGUCAGCUGUGAAAUUUCGAGCUCACUUAAUCAUACGGAUUUUAUCCUGGAGAAUGUCGAUCUAGAGCCCAUUAGGUUGUUAAAUAAUCAAGCUUACCUAACUUAUGAUGGCACCCGCAUUAAAUGGGCUCAAGACUUUUCAUCAUUACAAAAUUUUGUUAAAAACGUCGCUGGACUAAGCGGUGAAUGGGAGUCGCCCGGCGGUAGAGCAAAACGAUUUAAUGACUCGAAUCUCGAUUUUGUUAUGACUUGGUAUCCCGGAAAGCUAAACUCUUUGAUAUUCCACGGUAAAGAAGGCGAAUCAUUCAAGAAAUUUCUGGUGCGUAUUUUACAAACAAACUCUGCAAAUCAAACAGACGCUAUCACGGACGGAGUAUUAAAUACAACAACCAAAAUACCCCUUGAACCUACUCUUUUGUCGGGAGAUUUAGACGAAACUACCAACAAUACUAGCACUCAUAUCAAUUCAUCUGUGUAUAAUGGUUAUUGCUGUGAAAGCAGAAUCGAUAGUAAGGUUUUGAAGGAUAUUAAAUCGGACGUCGCGGCUUUACAAACACAAAGGAACUCUGUCAAUGCAAUCAUAGACUCCACUAACGCAAUUAUUGAGUCCAUGAGUGCUAUUCUGAUACCUUCAGGUCUCGAGAGUGGCCGCGUACCUUAUGAUCUUAGACUCGAAACGUUUCUCCAAGAGUUUUCCGUAAUUUUAAAAGAAAAAACAAGACUAUUACAAAUCUUCAGGAGAAGUUAAUUCAAGUCGAAAACGAACACCUCAUUGUCGCACGAAGCAGAUAAUAUGCUAACCCAAAUCUCGUCGUUUUUACCCCCUCAAAACAUUGUAAGUGCCAUUUCACAUAACCAGGAACUUAACAAAUACCCGAUUCCUACAAUCAUGAAACCCAGGAAAAACAAACGGCCUGAGUGCAUCAGUGUCCCUGAUAAUAGUUCAUUAAUCCCCUUGCGGAGAUCAGUUACAAUUCCACGCUUCCCCAAGAUUUGGUUUAGUAAUGUUAGGUCGAUGGUCAAUAAGUUAGACGAGGUCUCAGCACCAAUUUCCACCGAAUUAUACGAUGUUGUCGUAAUUACUGAAACAUGGUUAAAUUCACGAGUAACUGAUGAACUUAUUCGUAUACCUGGCUAUGUAUCGUGCCGAAGGGAUAGACCAAAUAACAAACGCGGGGGCGGUCUUUCUACCUAUUUCAAUUCACAACUUAAUUUUACUGAAUUAACUGACCUGAGUGAGCCAGAAAUUGAGAGUCAAUGGUUUCUAAUCAGAAUGGAACGCUUACCACGAGAAAUCAACUCUAUUUUAUUGGGAACAGUUUACCAUCCUCCUCAGGGCGAUGACCAUGUUCUUCGAAUGCAUAUCUUCAAAUGUUUGGAUUCUUUACUUGCCACCUAUCCUAAUUCGGUGAUUUCAAUCAAUUCAAACCAGGUAAUCUCUGCAACUCUUCUAGAUUGAAGAAACUGGUUACCAAGCCCACCAGGGAAAGUAAUAUCCUUGACCAAGCUUUUUCAACUCUGUCACCUUACUACGAUGCCAUCAUCCUGCCUCCUAUUGGCCAAUCCGAUCAUUCCAGUAUCUUAGCACAACCUAUUUUGACACAUGCUCCAAGUCUACCAACCACACGAUUGCAAAAGCGUGAUUAUCGAGCUCCUAACAAAAAAAAUUUGAUCUCUCGUCUGAAUACUGUUAACUGGACGCCACUCAUGCGGCUGAAAUCAUGCGAGGAACAACUGGAUUCUUUCAAGUCGGUAGUUCACGUUGCUUUGAAUUCCUGUAUCCCCAUGCGUACUGUGAAACAUCAUCCUAACGACAAACCAUGGAUUACUCCUGUUAUUAAACAAUCUAUUAAGAAACGUCAACAAGCUUGGUUGAAUAAUGACUUACACCAAUAUAAUGUUUAUCGCAAUAAAGUGAUAAAACUCAAGCCAAAGAUUCUACAAUGA